AUGACGAAAAAGAAGAACGAGUACUGCCAAGAUGGUUGGACUGAGAUCAUUAAGCGCCACACUCGUGACCCUCGCGUUUCCUGCCUUGCUCGACAAUUCUUCAGCGGUUUGCAAAUCACAGAUGCUUCUUCCAUCGAUCCUUUCGAACUUUCCUGCAUCUUAGACAUCGAACAAUUCGUCCGUCAUCUGCAGUGCUUAGCCUGGUCAUUUCUCGGACUCGUGGAAAGCGAGGACGCGGCGAGCGAGAGGUGA